GAAGCUAGCAGGCCCCGCUCUAGGUUGGUCCUGGUAUCACCGGGUACGGCACAUCCUCAGGAUUCCUCAGCAGCUGUCUGAAGUUGUUCUGCUGUGCCUGAACUGAUGUCAUUUCCCCCUUGGCAGACGCUUGGGCUGUGCUGCGUCUGAGAUAUGUCACGAGAAGGUGGGGGUGGGUCGGGGCCAGGCGGGGGGAGUAGUGAGGAGAGCAGGCGGUCUGCUGGGUCCCAGGACUCUGUUUACUUUCUCUUCUUUGCUCCGGAAGACCUUCCGGUGAACUGAGAGCGCCCGAGCCUCCCCCGGCCAUGCCUACUCCAAGACCCUAACUUUUGAGAGCCCUGUGUUGUUAACCUUAGUGGACGAUGCUCCUGCAGGAUGCCUUUCCUUUGGGGGCUUAGACAGGAUAAAGAAGCCUGUGUGGGUACCAACAAUCAGAGCUACAUCUGUGACACGGGACACUGCUGUGGACAGUCUCAGUGCUGCAACUACUACUAUGAACUCUGGUGGUUCUGGCUCGUGUGGACCGUCAUCAUCAUCCUGAGCUGCUGCUGUGUCUGCCACCACCGCCGAGCCAAGCACCGCCUUCAGGCCCAGCAGCGGCAACAUGAGAUCAACCUGAUCGCCUACCGGGAAGCUCACAAUUACUCAGCGCUGCCAUUUUACUUCAGGUUUUUGCCAAACUAUUUACUACCUCCUUAUGAGGAAGUGGUGAACAGACCUCCAACUCCUCCACCACCGUACAGUGCCUUCCAGCUACAGCAGCAGCUGCUGCCUCCUCAGGGUGGCCCUGCAGGUGGCAGCCCCCCAGGCGCUGACCCGCCCCAGGGCUCCCAGGGAGCACAGAGCAGUCCUUUGUCUGGACCCAGUAGAAGCAGCACAAGACCCCCGAGUGUCGCUGACCCUCAGCCCUCUGAAGUGCCCGCUGACCGGGCAGCCACCAAAGCCCCCGGAAUGGAAUCCAGUGGCUCGGUGGCCGGCCACGGGGAGCUGGACCCAGGGGCCUUCCUGGACAGGGAUUCGGAGUGUAAGGAGGAGCUACUGAAAGAUUCAAGCUCGGAGCAUGGUAGUGUACCCCCCGACAGCAAAGACAAGACACCUGGCAGACAUCGCCGCUUCACGGGUGACUCGGGCAUUGAGGUGUGUGUGUGUAACCGGGGCCACCAUGAGGAUGGUCUCAAAGAGUUCAGUACGCUCAUAGAUGAUGCCCUGGAUGGGCCCCUGGACUUCUGUGACAGCUGUCACGUACGGCCUCCCGUUGACGAAGAGGAAGGACUCUGUCUGUCCUCUGAGGAGCAGGCUCGAGAGCCCGGGCACCCCCACCUGCCACGGCCACCCGCGUGCCUGCUGCUAAACACCAUCAACGAACAGGACUCGCCAAACUCACAGCGCAGCAGCUCCCCCAGCUAGAACAGGCCCUGCCUGCACCCGAGAGCUUGACAGACAGCCAGGGUCGGGACACCCCCGAGAGAAGCAUUAAGUGACUUUCAGAAGUGGGACAACCACUUUGUCCUUUGAUUUUCCCCUCCUGGCCCACCUUUCCCACAACUCCGGGUGUGGGGAAGUUUGGGGUGUGGAUGCCUCCUCUCCCCCACAAAAGCACAGUGUUGUAGAAGACUGAGAAUCUGGGACUCAUCCCACACCCCACUUUUCAGAGCUGUAUCUCACCUACCUGCUUGACUGAGAAACGUAUCUGAAAAGCCCCCAGGACUGGGCCUGAGCUCCAAGAUGGUUCUCGGUGACAGAGUGGCUUCGAAGAGCACGUCGCUGUGUCUCAGUCCGGGAGAGACAGUUUAUCUUGGCCCUGAGUGAAGAAGGAAACCCUCAGGGGCCUGUGGCUGUCACCUGUGG